CACUCUAGAUGUGGCCAGCACGUCCAGAGCCACUCUAGAUGUGGCCAGCACGUCCAGGGCCACUCCAGAUGUGGCCAGCACGUCCAGGGCCACACCAGAUGUGGCACUUCAAGUGGCAAACCUACAGCACCGAGAAAGCGGAAACGAAGUAACAUAUCUGUAGCCACCACCACUGUGGCCACACUAAUCAAGCCUACACCUAUAUAUACAUCUGUCGUCACCACACCCACAGUUACGUAUGUGAGGACCUCACCAUGUACGACUAUAUCCCCUGUGACGACUCCAGAUGUUGCCGCCCCAGAUGUGGCCACUGCAGAUGUGGCCACCCCACAUGUAGCCACUGCAGAUGUGGCCACUUCACAUGUGGCCACUGCAGAUGUGGCCACCCUACAUGUGGCCACUGCAGAUGUGGCCGCCCCAGUUGUGCCUAGCUCAGCUGUCGCCAACACGUCGACAGCCAGUGAUAGUGUGUCAACAAGUGUUCGUGAUGUGUCAAGUGCCGCACGACGAGUGUCGAUGUACAAAAAGAUAAAUCCUGUUGUUGUUGACAAGAAAAUGAUAUGUAUGGAAGAUAAUAGAUUUGCUGAAAUUCUAUCAUAUGUGCAUUGUUGUCAUUACUUUUGUAAUAAGAUCAAAGUUACACAUUAUAAGCAUCACCUAGAAACAGUUGUUAGUAUAUUGAGUACCGAGUGUAAGAAUACAUGGUGGCUAUUCGUAAUUUACUCGUAAAAAUGCGAUGUGUAAGUUACCUCAUCUAACUCGGAAAACAUUCAUCAGAUAUACGAGCAUGAUUACAAGGAUAUCCAUUCAGUCGUGCAACAAAAUUCUUGCUGAAACAAGGGCAAUCAUUUGUAAGGAACAUGCCAAAUAUGACACUUUACCAGACGCACGUGGUGUUGUUGACAUUGACGUGACGUAUGACGGCACGUGGCACACUAGGGGCCAUCAUUCUAAUUUUGGCAUUGGUGUGGCAACUGAUACCUUGACGAAGCUAGUAGUUGAUUAUCAAGUGAUGCGCAAAUUCUGUUUUGUGUGUGUCCGUCUCCAAGAUCGUUUGAAGAAGAAAAUUACUAUGGAUACAUAUGAACAGUUGAAAGAAAAACAUAAGGUAAAUGUAACAAAAACUUUACAGGCUCCUCAGGAAAAAUGGUAGAAGCUGCACUAAUCAUUUGGCAGAGAUCACUGAUAAAGAAGUUGAGGUACAAAACCAUAGUGUCUGAUGGUGACAGUGCAACGUACAAAGGAAUCGUUGAACUCAAUGAUGGUGCUGGUCCUUAUGAAGGUAUACAAGUUGCGAAAGAAGAGUGUAUCAACCAUUAUGCAAAGCGGCUAAAGAAUAGAUUGACAAGCUUGGUCAAAUUGCACUGCACAGAAAAACAACUGAGAACAGGAAAAAAGAGAAAGCAGUAUCACCUGAAGAAAGGGAUGCUGACAGACUUUAUAAUUGACAAGCUUGCACAAUAUUUUCAGAAAAACCUAAGGGAAAAUCGUGGAACUGAUGUUGUAACGAUGAGGAAUGGCAUACUUGCAAGUUUCUUUCACUGUUUCUCCACUGACGACAACCCACAGCAUCAGCUUUGUCCACCUGGUUGUGCUUCAUGGUGUUUUUACCAGAAAGCGCUGGCAGACAACCUACCACCACCACCCCACACAACCCUAAAAAUGAAGUUCCAGCUAGAACCUGCCUACUUCAAUCAGGUGCAUAAAAUCUACAAGGACCUCACUAGAAAUGAAAUGAUGGAACGAUGCAUACAGGGACGAACACAAAACCUGAAUGAAAGCCUUCACCAACGAAUAUGGUCCUACUGUAACAAAGCUCUGUUUAGAAAUAAGUGGCAAGUUGAUUUCUCGGUCAGCCACGCCAUAGCAGAGUACAAUGCAGGAUACGAAAGAAGUUGCUUAGAUAAACAAGUUGGGUAUGGCCGCUCAUCACUGAACCAACAUCGCCUGAUGAAUAUGGACAGGAACAUGCAGACAGUCAAAACCCGAAGAUGCAAGAAGAGGAAGAUGGUGGUGGACACCUCCUAUGAGGCUGGACGCCAUUAGAUGAUCCAUGUCCAUGCCUACUCUUCGUCAAAGUUUGAUUUGCAUGGACCGUCAUGAUUAGCCAAUCUGCAUGGGACUUCAAGAUGGAGGGAUCUGCAUGGAACUUCAGAAAUGUUAUAUAUGCUCACUUCUACUCCUAAUAAACAUAAGAAGGCACAAGGAGUAUUUUUACCCACCGUAAGCUAAGCCUCAAUGUAUUAUUCCAUUUUUCUGGAAAGUCCAUUUUCUGCAAUUUUAGGGGGACUCCUCCCUUAUUAUUGAACUGGUCUUUAUCAUUUUUACAAGAUUUAUUCAUGGAACAUUGUUCUCUAAUUUAUGUACCUUUUGGUAAAAAUC